GAUGCCCGCAAAGCGGCUUGUGACACCUCCCUUGUGCAGGCCACUGCCAGCCUCGAACCCAUUGGAAGAGUGCAGAUGCGAACAAGACGUACUCUCCGUGGUCACUUGGCCAAGAUCUAUGCGAUGCACUGGGGCUCGGACUCGAGGAACCUCGUCUCGGCUUCACAGGACGGAAAACUCAUCGUUUGGGACAGCCACACCACGAAUAAGGUUCACGCAAUCCCACUCAGAUCAUCAUGGGUGAUGACAUGCGCUUACGCCCCGUCUGGAAGCUUUGUAGCCUGCGGUGGUUUAGAUAACAUAUGCUCUAUUUAUAGCCUAAAAACUAGAGAGGGUAACGUACGGGUGAGCAGAGAGUUGCCCGGCCACACAGGAUAUCUAUCUUGUUGCCGUUUCCUUGAUGAUAAUCAGAUUGUUACCAGCUCUGGGGAUAUGUCUUGCGCCUUGUGGGACAUUGAAACUGGUCAACAGCUCACUUCUUUUCUAGGACACACUGGUGACGUGAUGUCACUGUCGCUUUCUCCGGACAUGCGCACAUUUGUUUCAGGAGCUUGUGACGCCUCGGCAAAACUGUGGGACAUACGAGAGGGUCUCUGCAAGCAGACCUUCCCGGGUCACGAAUCGGACAUAAAUGCUGUCACAUUCUUUCCCAACGGUUUUGCAUUUGCUACUGGUAGCGAUGAUGCUACAUGUAGGCUGUUCGACAUUAGGGCCGAUCAGGAAUUGGCCAUGUACAGUCACGAUAAUAUCAUUUGCGGUAUCACGAGUGUUGCAUUCAGCAAAUCUGGUCGGUUACUCUUGGCUGGUUAUGAUGAUUUCAACUGUAAUGUUUGGGAUUCUAUGAAAACGGAAAGAGCAGGUAUAUUGGCCGGCCAUGAUAAUCGUGUCAGUUGUCUAGGAGUAACUGAAAAUGGAAUGGCAGUAGGAACAGGUUCUUGGGACAGUUUCCUACGUAUAUGGAAUUAAGUUAGAGAUGCCAAAUCUAUCAUAUUUCUCACCCGCAUCACAACUUUCAUUCUCCAUUAUCUUUUUGCAUUUACAAGGAACAAAGCAUUUUUCUAUCCAAGUACAUGUAAAAAUUUUGUAUUUUAAAUAUCCUUUGCUUCUUUCAUAGUAUUUUCCCCGCAACCCUUUAGUAGCUUUAUGAUGUAUUUUUUUUAUAGUUUUUAAGGUAUUUGUUAUUUUUGUGAUUAUUCCAAAAAAUUUAACCUUAUCCCUGUAUGUUGUGUAUAGUAUUUAAUGUCAUUUAUUUCAAUAAAUCAGUAUUUUUAUUUUUUUUGUUUUUCAUCUUUUUUUUUCUGUUUCAUCGUUUCCGUUCAGUUUGUGAUGUGGGUGAGAAUGCGCAGGGGAGUUCAGUACGUAUGCAAUCAUUGAGCAUACCAGUUUUAAUUUUUGUUAGUUACAAGUACAAAAAAUACGACCAAGCUAGUUGAAUUACCGUACUGUUCGAUCCAAAAGAGCGUUUUUACUUCAGUUCGUUUUCCUCAAAUCAUUCUCAUCUAAGGAACGACUAUGUGAAAAUGUUUUUCUUCCUCAUGGUAUAAAAAUCAAUCUGCUGAACAAAAGUAAAUAUGGCGAAAGACUAGUCUAAAAAUAUUAACCAAAAAUUGAAAAAGUGUGCCAUAACCUCAAUUUCAGUGACGUCACAACAAGAGACCAAUAAUAGUGGAUUGUGGCGUUUCGAGUUAGAUUUUUGGUUAACAAGCGACGGGCAGACUAUAAAUCAAUUCAUUUUGAGAUACUGCCUCUACAAAUGCCGUUUAGAACACAGUGUUCCAUUUUGAUAACACCCCCUUUUUUUAUCAACUAUUUUUUGUUGAUAUUUUCUUUGUAACAUCGCAGUUAUGUAAAUAUUAUGUUCCUCUGAAAUGUUCUCGUUUUUAUUUUAUUUUGUAUCAUGAUAAGGUUUUACUGUAUGAAUAAAUAUAGCUUCUGCUUGAAUGUAAGUGGUAUGAACAAGCAUUUUUUUCAAACAAAUAAGUACUAAAUUCACGUGAUUUUUUUAUUUAACUGCACAAAUAUUACAUUGCGCGGUGUAUCUCCCGUGAUAUUCCAAACAUCUUUUUAUAAAAUUUCUUAUCAUAUCGCGGGGCAUAUUGCCAUCUAAACUAAGUGUUUGAUUUUUUAAAUUAUUUAUUGAGGUGAAAGAGUAGAGAUGUGUGUUUGAGGGAUCCUGGAGAGAGGGUUUGUAAGUUGAGCGAGACAAUCGCAAAUAUCUUAUGCCGUAGUGAAUGAUUUGCUUGGAAGUAAAACCAUCCAAUUGUAAGGGCUCAAAAUCAUUCAAGAUCGCAUUCAAGGCGUUGUGUUGCGGAUUUUCCAAGAUUUUCUUCUGAAUACCCUUCACAAUUUCGGAAACAUACGCAGCACAAUGAUUUGCGAUUGUCCUCUUUCUUAUAUAUCAGUCGCCCCCUAUUGCUAACUUCACCAUCAAGUUCUCAAGUUAGGAAUACUCUGGGUCUAGUGUGAAUGGUUUUAUAUUAAUAGGUAAUGUCAUGAAUAAUAUAAUUGAAAAUCUGUAAAAAUCGCCGCUAUAAUUUUACUUCUUUGGGGCACAAUAUUGAGCGUUGAUGUAGCGUCUUUGGUUUCCUCUCAUGCUGAUCUAGAUUUCUGCAUAGCCAUGUCAUGACGCUGUUCGUCGAUGAAGCAACAGUGAAUGAUCAAAGGCACAAAUUUUAUUCUACAAAUUUCUUGAUAUGGCGCAUAAUUUAAUUUUUCCGCGUAUAUAAGCAUGUACAUCUUGUAUUGGGAUUAUCCACGUGGUGGGUGUAACAUGCAGAUUUUUCAAAAUGUAGUUUAGACAUGUCAUUUUUUUAUUGUUAAUGAUUUACAUGCGUAUGGUGUAUGAAUACUAUAGCAACAUAUAUGUUAUAUUGUAACGUACCUAAUAAAAGUAAAUAAUUUAAA